AUGAGACGAGAACCGUCCGGGCUGGAAACGCCGCCGAAAGUCAACAACAUGGACUCGUCCAAACCUUUGGCCAAACCUUUGGCACCUUUGCAAAAAGCUACCGAAACGCCUCUGAUGGCUCCUCGAGUAUGGAAUACAAAGAAUCUUGGUCUGCGACUCACAUCCGACUUUGUGUCUGGAGCUGGCGCUGCUAUAAUGGUGGCUCCUCUCAUUACAAUCAUCGACAAAGCAAUAAUGCAAAAUGCCUCAGGGAAAGCAAGCCUCAAGUCCUCCCUCUUCGACUCGUUCAGGACCUUCUUCCUGCGACCGCAUAACCUCCUCUUCUCGAAGCCCUUCGCCCUUAUCUCCAUGGUCUACGGGGGAACAUACAUCACGGCUAACACUCUCGAUACCCUUACCUCGACCGCGAAGAACAAAUCUGCAACGCACGUCACAAGCGGCACUGCGAAGUUCGCAGCAUCCUCAGCGGCCAAUGUGGGACUCUGUCUCAUAAAAGAUGCGACCUUCGCACAGAUGUUUGGCUCUGGUGGCCCACCGCGACCGGUUCCCCUCCCCUCCUUCGCGCUCUUUACGCUCCGCGACUGCCUCACAAUUUUCGCAUCUUUCAAUAUUCCGCCUCUCCUUGGGCCGGUCAUAAGCAAGAACAUGAACAACGAGCUAGCGAAGCGCAUGAGUGGGCAGUCAAUGGCGCAAUUUAUGGCUCCUGCUGCGGUCCAGUUUGUUAGCACGCCUCUACACCUACUAGGACUGGACUUGUACAACAGAGGCGGGAAUAUUACGUGGGAAGACCGAUGGCAGAUGGUCAAGAAGAACUGGAGCAUAAGUGCAAUGGCUAGGAUAUGUCGGAUUGUCCCUGCUUUUGGCAUAGGUGGGGUGGUGAACGGAAACGUGAGAAAGGGGCUUAUGGAAAAGCUGCAAUAG